GUAGCUGCUUGUAUUCUCAAAGGGGGCUGUCUGCAGAGAGUGGGGGUAGGAGUCCUGGGAGCGAGGUUUUAUCCUCACCUAUUCCAGCUGUCCGAACCAGAAACCCUUUGACUCUACCCUGCUGUAGAACAAAGCUGCCUAGAGCAGUAGGGGUAACUCACUGAAGCUAGGAGGACAAAAAAGACGGAGAACCAAUGACUCUGUAGCAAAUACUUGGAUACUUGGGAGGUCAUUUUUACACUCAAUCUGAGAAUCUUUUAUUCAUGUGUGAGAUGAAGAGACUGUAAUGCAGCUCCUAUUGCCUGUGGACCAGGAACUGUGGCUACUGGGCACUGACAUGUCAGCAGCUGCUUAGGUUGAAGACAGCAUAGCUAUUUCUUUCGCUGACUUGUGAAAUCCUGUUUAAUCUUCAAACUGGCGAUGUCAAGGGUGCCGAGUCCUCCUCCUCCGGCAGAAAUGUCGAGUGGACCUGUAGCUGAAAGCUGGUGCUACACUCAGAUUAAAGUGGUAAAGUUUUCAUACAUGUGGACCAUAAACAACUUUAGUUUCUGCCGGGAGGAAAUGGGCGAGGUCAUCAAAAGUUCAACCUUUUCAUCAGGAGCCAAUGAUAAACUGAAAUGGUGUUUGCGUGUGAACCCUAAGGGCUUGGAUGAAGAAAGUAAAGAUUAUCUGUCCCUCUACCUAUUACUGGUUAGCUGUCCAAAGAGUGAAGUUCGUGCAAAGUUCAAAUUCUCCAUCCUCAAUGCUAAAGGAGAAGAAACAAAAGCAAUGGAGAGCCAGCGAGCAUAUCGGUUUGUACAAGGCAAGGACUGGGGAUUCAAGAAGUUCAUUAGAAGAGACUUUCUCUUGGAUGAGGCCAAUGGACUUCUUCCAGAUGACAAACUCACUCUCUUCUGUGAGGUGAGUGUGGUACAGGACUCGGUCAAUAUCUCUGGCCAGAACACCAUGAACAUGGUGAAGGUACCUGAAUGCCGCUUGGCGGAUGAGUUGGGAGGACUCUGGGAGAAUUCUCGCUUCACGGACUGCUGUCUGUGUGUUGCAGGCCAGGAAUUCCAGGCUCACAAAGCUAUACUGGCAGCACGUUCCCCAGUUUUCAGUGCCAUGUUUGAACAUGAGAUGGAAGAGAGUAAAAAGAAUCGGGUUGAAAUCAAUGAUGUGGAGCCAGAAGUUUUUAAGGAAAUGAUGUGCUUUAUUUACACGGGGAAGGCACCAAACCUUGACAAAAUGGCUGACGAUUUGCUGGCAGCUGCUGACAAGUAUGCUCUGGAACGCUUGAAGGUGAUGUGCGAGGAUGCACUGUGCAGUAACCUAUCUGUGGAAAAUGCAGCUGAGAUUCUCAUUCUGGCUGAUCUACACAGUGCUGAUCAGCUAAAAACUCAAGCUGUGGACUUCAUUAACUAUCAUGCUUCUGAUGUCAUGGAGACCUCAGGCUGGAAGUCCAUGGUGGUAUCACAUCCCCAUUUGGUGGCUGAAGCAUAUCGCUCUUUGGCCUCCGCACAGUGUCCCUUCCUGGGUCCACCACGUAAGCGACUGAAGCAAUCCUAAGGCCAUCCCUGUCACAUAACCCCAUGUUUUUCUGGAAGCAGCAGCAGCUAUUGCUGCUCUGACCUUGGCCACCAGGUAGACAGCGCAAUCUGAGGAGCUUUUACUCUGUUUGUGGGGGGAGAGACUGCUUCGUGAGACCCAGACUUUUUAAAACAGCACCAAGUAACUUGUGGGAAGGGGGGAGGGUGGGCGGGCCUGGGGCCCAGAAGCUGUUCAACCUAACAAAUCCCUGUCGCUGCAUCGUCUGUGUUCCCUUCCACUUGGCUGAGUCAGUAACUACGGGGUUCGGUUUAAGCACCAGCCCACUCGGACAAUCCCAGUAGUGGUACUGGGGGAAACAAAGGCUCUGUGUCUGACAGCACAGAACAAAUCGUCAGACUCCCGGAGCAAAGAGGACAUUUUAGUUUUGGAGAGAGUAGGAAAAGAAGAAAAAUUCCAACGAGAUUCUGAAGAGGAAGUACCUGGUGGGAGCUCCAGUAGUAUUUAUAUAAAAGAAAGAAUUUAAGUCCUUCCACUUGUGCUAAAAACUGGACAUUUGUGUAACUCCUUAAUGCCAUUCAGCAACAAGAAGAUCAGUUUCUCUCUUAGUAGCACUUGUAUGUUGAUUGAAAAAAAAUCUUUUUUACUGAAUGACAAGUUGAAGUGAAAGGGGACAGCAAAAUGUUGUGUGCUAAGGAGGAUGUGAAUAGACUAAAGGCAGCCUUUACACAUCUGUUGGCUUUCUAGGACUGGAAAAUCCUUGAUCUGAAGUGUGCUGUCUGACAAGGACAAUGGUUACCUGUUUUUAGAUAUUGUGGGAAAUGUUUUUGCAUUUUUCCCUGCUUUAUUUUUCCCCCUUUUUUAAAAAAAGAAGUUUUAUUGUUCAUGAAUGCUAUGUCAAAGGUCCCUGUCCUGAGUUGCUAAUGAUUCUUAUCAACUGUUUGUACCUGACUUGCUGACUGUCUAGGAGCCAGUCCUGUUCCUUUCUAUUAGUCACUCUUCUUACAGGGAAGAAGUUCCAAAAUAGCUGGUAACUUUUUUUCUUUUUGAAAAAUAUAAAUAAUUACUAUUUUGUA